AUGAACGUCACGGGCAGGAGCGGCAGCGACUACAGCAGCGACACGGAGGACGAGUGGCCGGUCGAGUACAGGUCGGACCUGGUGCAAGCAGCCAACAUUAGAGGCCCACAAGCGGGAGGAGGCAGUGCGCCUCCUUCCCCCAACCUCAACGGCUUCGGCGACCAUCAACAUCACAUCCGAUUCAUGGAGAGCAGCGGCGAAGUGGGAGAGGGCGACCUGGAGCUCGGCGGAAUGCGUGCAGGCAAGCAGAGCAGGAAGCCAGGCGGAGAAGAAGAAGAGCUAAAGGAGUUGCUGCAGCCCUAUAAUCUCGACGGCGAAAAUGAGAAGGAGAUGCUGGCGCGCGUCGAAGGAGUCGAGACCACAGACUAUCAGCCACUCAAAGGCGGCGUCCACCUGCGCAGGCUGUUCUCCCUUGCUAAGCCAGAGUGGUUGAUGCUCUUGGGCGGCACCAUUUCGCUGGUCGUCUCAAGCGGCUCGAUGCUGAUGCUGCCCCAGUUCGCUGGCGACAUCAUCGACGCAGUCUCCAAAGACGGCGAGGACAAGCUGUACCGUGCUCUCUUCAUGUUGGCCAUCACGCUCGGCAUCGGUGGCGUCUUCACCCUGUUUCGAGUCGCUCUGUUUACGAUCUCGGGCGAGCGCGUCGUGGCGAGGCUGAAGAAGAUGCUGUUCUCACGAAUCAUCAAGCAGGAGGUGGCCUUCUUCGACGUGAACAAGACAGGUGAGCUUGUGAAUCGCCUCUCGGCCGAUUGUACAGUAUUGCAGAACGCCGUCACUGUAAAUAUUUCGAUGGUUCUCCGCGAGCUGGCGUCCGCCAUCGGCGGCAUCACCAUCUUGUUCGUCAUCUCGUGGAAGCUCACGUUGAUCAUGUUGUCCGUCAUCCCGAUCGUCGUCAUCGCGGCGGUGAUGUUUGGCAAGUUCGUGAAGAACAUGGCCAAGGCCCAGCAGGACGCCCAGGCGGCUGCGACCACGGCCGCAGAGGAAGCGAUCAGUAACGUCCGUACGGUCAAGUCUUUCGCCGCCGAGCUGUUGGAGAACGAACGAUAUGAUGCCAAGGUGCACGCCGCGUACUUGCUCGCCAGAAAGCUGGGUAUUGUGUUCGGUGUGUUCGCUGCCACCAUGACGUUUGCUGCGAGUGGCGCCAUCGUUUUGGUGCUGUGGGAAGGUGGUCGCGAGGUCAUCAGCGGGGCCAUGACCACUGGUACCCUGACCUCAUUCAUUUUGUACACGGUGAGUGUGGCCGGAGGAUUGGGCGGCUUGUCUUCACUCUACGGCGACUUCAUGAAGGCGAUUGGUGCCUCGUCCCGUGUGUUCCAGCUCUUGGACAGGGAGCCGCGUAUUUCGAGUGAGGGUCGCAAGAUCAACGCCAUCAAAGGCGAGGUGCAGCUGGAAGACGUCUACUUCGCCUACCCCUCGCGGAAGGACGUCAUGGUGCUCCACGGCGUGUCGCUCAAGCUCUUGCCCGGCCAGAUCGUCGCGCUCGUUGGUCCAUCAGGCGGUGGCAAGUCGACGAUCGCGCACAUGAUCGAGCGGUUCUACGAUCCGCUCUCUGGCGGAGUGUACCUCGACGGCGUUGAUCUGCGCGAUCUCGAUUACGAUGACCUUCACAGUAUCUCGCGGACCGUCUUCAACCAUGAUCCAGUCCUCAACUUCCCUUCCACCGCGCUGUGUCUCAACUCCUACGUGCCCGAGGACAGGCGCAGUACGACCUUCACCGACCCGUACUUGAGCCCCAGCAUGGCGCCAUCGUCGCUCCUGGCCAAGUUCCCGCCCACUCACAUCGCCGCCGGAGGACUCGAUCCGCUGCUCGACGACGGCGUCCACUUUGCGCAUCGUCUGCUGAAGGAACAGCGACCGGUGGAGCUUCGCAUCUACGACAUCCUUCCUCACGGUUUCAUGAACGUUUCGCAGACCAUUCCCUCGUCCAAGUUUGCCAUCGUCGACAUCGCCAGCGCCAUCACCCAGCUCAUGUUCGCUCCGGAAGCAGCGCCGGCCGACGAGCCACACAGCGUGUGA